AAACCAAUUCAUUCCUGUUUUGGAUAAGAAUAAGGUAAAGCGCAGUUGCUGAACAUGGCGACGCCCGUGAGUGACCAAGAGAAGAGAAAGCAGAUAAGCAUCAGGGGAAUAGUUGGGGUCGAAAACGUAGCGGAGCUCAAAAAAGGAUUUAACCGACAUUUGCAUUUUACUCUGGUCAAAGACAGAAAUGUUGCCACGCAGCGAGACUACUAUUUCGCUCUUGCACACACGAUUCGAGACCACCUGGUUGGGAGAUGGAUCCGAACUCAACAGUUCUACUAUGAGACCGACCCAAAGCGCGUCUAUUACCUUUCGUUGGAAUUCUACAUGGGCCGGACCAUGCAGAACACCAUGAUCAACCUCGGCCUCCAGAAUGCCUGCGACGAGGCCAUAUAUCAGCUGGGCUUGGACAUGGAGGAAAUGGAGGAUCUGGAAGAGGAUGCUGGACUGGGUAACGGAGGCUUGGGCAGACUUGCAGCCUGCUUCCUGGAUUCCAUGGCCACCCUUGGCCUCGCAGCGUACGGGUAUGGUAUUCGCUAUGAGUACGGCAUCUUCAACCAGAGAAUCAAAGACGGGUGGCAGGUGGAGGAGGCCGAUGAUUGGCUGCGCUAUGGUAACCCCUGGGAGAAGGCCCGCCCCGAGUACAUGCUACCGGUGCACUUCUACGGCAGAGUGGAGGAAACCAAGGAUGGAUCCAGAUGGGUGGAUACACAGGUUGUUCUGGCCAUGCCCUAUGACACCCCCAUCCCGGGCUACAUGAAUAACACCGUGAACACGAUGAGGCUGUGGUCGGCCCGUGCCCCCAACGACUUCAACCUGCGGGACUUCAAUGUUGGUGACUACAUCCAGGCGGUGCUGGACAGGAACUUGGCUGAGAACAUUUCUCGCGUGCUCUACCCGAACGAUAAUUUCUUUGAGGGGAAGGAGCUGCGUCUGAAACAGGAGUACUUUGUGGUGGCUGCCACCCUCCAGGACAUCAUCCGCCGCUUCAAAACCAGCAAGAGGGACCCUUCUUCCACCCCUAUAUCCUUCCAAACCUUCCCUGAGAAGGUGGCCAUUCAGCUGAAUGACACCCACCCUGCUAUGGCCAUCCCGGAGCUGAUGAGGAUCUUUGUGGACAUUGAGAAGCUGGACUGGCAUACGGCCUGGGACCUCACCAAACGCACCUUCGCCUACACCAACCACACGGUGCUGCCCGAGGCCCUGGAGCGCUGGCCCGUCCAGCUCAUGGAGACGCUGCUGCCCAGACACCUGCAGAUCAUCUACCAGAUCAACCAGCAGCACCUGGACAAUAUUGCUGCUCUGUUUCCUGGAGACAUGGACCGCCUGCGCAGCAUGUCGCUGAUCGAGGAGGAGGGCGGCAAGCGGAUCAACAUGGCGCACCUGUGCAUCGUGGGAUCCCACGCCGUCAACGGGGUCGCCGAGAUUCACUCCAACAUCAUAAAGACCGACGUAUUCCGGAACUUCAGCGACAUGGAGCCCGGGAAGUUCCAGAACAAAACCAACGGAAUCACACCCCGCCGCUGGCUCCUGCUCUGCAACCCCGGGCUCGCAGAGCUCAUAGCAGAGGCUAUAGGGGAGGAGUACGUGAAGGACCUCAGCCAGCUGCAGAAACUGAACAAACUUGUGGACGACGCUGCGUUCAUCCGGGACGUCUCUAAAGUGAAGCAGGAGAACAAGCUGAAGUUUGCUCAGUACCUUGAGAAGGAGUAUAAGGUGAAGAUCAACCCCUCCUCCAUGUUCGACGUCCACGUGAAGAGGAUCCAUGAGUACAAACGGCAGCUCCUCAACUGCCUGCACAUUAUCGCCAUGUACAACCGCAUAAAGAAGGAUCCAACGGCACCUUUCACUCCCCGAACUGUGAUCAUCGGAGGAAAGGCGGCCCCGGGGUACCACAUGGCCAAGAUGAUUAUCAAGCUGAUCACGGCUGUGGGCGAUGUGGUGAACAAAGACCCCGUCGUGGGCAGUAAGCUGAAGGUCAUCUUCCUGGAGAACUACAGAGUCUCCCUGGCUGAGAAAGUGAUCCCGGCCACCGACCUCUCGGAGCAGAUCUCCACGGCGGGCACGGAGGCCUCGGGCACCGGGAACAUGAAGUUCAUGCUGAACGGGGCCCUCACCAUCGGCACCAUGGACGGGGCCAACGUGGAGAUGGCCGAGGAGGCCGGGGAGGACAACCUCUUCAUCUUCGGCAUGAGGGUGGAGGACGUGGCCGAGAUGGACAAAACAGGCUAUGAUGCCAUGAAGUAUUACAGGAAGCUCCCUGAGCUGAAACAGGCCAUAGACCAAAUUAAAAGUGGAUUCUUCUCCAUAAAAAAUCCGGAUCAGUUCCUGGACAUCACAAACAUGCUCUUCAACCAUGAUCGGUUCAAAGUUUUUGCAGACUACGAGGACUACGUCGAGUGCCAAGAAAGAGUCAGCAAGCUUUAUGAAAACCCGAAGGAGUGGACCCAGAUGGUGAUCAGGAACAUCGCGGCUUCCGGAAAGUUCUCCAGCGACCGCACAAUCACGCAAUACGCCACGGAGAUCUGGGGAGUGGAGCCGACGGACCUGAAGAUCCCUCCUCCCAGCGAGCCCCGGGAGGCGAUGGAGGAGACGGCCCGGGCAGUGAAGAAGAUGUGAACACGCCUGAGGAUAGGAUGGGCUGCGCUAAACCUCCCCGCUUAAUCUGCUGAGCCGCUAAUUUAGACCGCUAAAAGGUUUUAGACCUGCUUCACAUUCCUAUUUUCAGAGAGGGUGUCAGAACAAAAUGGUGCUGGGUGCUGGCUGGAGGUCUGAAGUCUGUGCCACUGAGUAACCCUAAAUACAUCACGGGACUUCCCCUUUAGUCAGCACUGAUACAAAAAAAGCUUUGUGUACUGAAUUCAGCCAGAGGUGGAAACAUCCAGGUUCAGAAAGUAAAAUUCCACCCCAGUAUUUUUUUUUCCCCCAAUCGCCAAUUCUUCAGCCAGGGCGUAGAACUGAACUGAUUGAUUGAGUUCAUAAGUAGAAGAACUUUUAAUUUAGAUUAACAGGACUUUUCAUUUCUGACCCCUGGAGUUUCCAAUUUACCCCCCUGAUUUGCACUUUGGUUUUGCCCUUACAGUGUGCCUGUUACACACUUCCUGCCUCACCUCCGCUUAAUAUAAGCAUGCCUCGCACUUGUAAGCUGCCUGCAACAUGCCUACGUGUUCUCCUCUUCAAGUUUACAACCAUAAUAUGCAGGAAAUGUCACGGUUUGCUCAAGCCUGGCGACAAAUCAUCUCUGGUGUGUUAAUGCUAUGAGGGACAGCUCGCCAGUAUAAGGAAGUCUGCAGUUUAAGCAAAACGGGACGUGACUCGCUUGGUUUGCAUUUCUACUGUACCACAAGACUGUAAAUCUCCUCGCAGGCAUAACUACUGAGAAUCGUAUUACUGGUGGAAUCCUGGGGCGCAACAUUCCAUUUGACUGACAUGAUAACGUGUCCAACCGAUUUUUGCCCGUAUGUUCUGUAGAACCAGUAUAAGUCAGUCAGUUGAACAGGAACAUGCUCGUUGAAUGAUUUCGCCCAGUUGUGAGGACAUUAUUUGUGUUGGCUGGCCAGUCUGUAUCGACUUCAAUAAAUAUUGUCCAUGA